GCGAAUGGCGCGCGUGUAUCUGCUUGUUUACGUUUUUCGGUGGUCACCUUCUGUUUUAUUUUCAUCAUUUUCUGUUUCGCACAAUAGUUGUUGAUUUAAAUGUAAUCUGUUUAUGUUACCAGCGAGCAAAAUAUCAAAAUGUGCAAUCAUAAACUACUCGUCGAAAAGUAUGCACAGCAUCGGAAAGUCCACGAAGAUUUCCUCAAGAUGUUCGAGACCCUUUUCGAGACUGCAAUGAAUAUGCAAAGUCUUGCCUCACAAGUUACACGUCAAUACGAUGAAAUUUUACACCAAUUAAAACAAAGUCCGUCCCCACCCCGUUCACCCAAACGACGGAAAGCACACUCAUUCGAAUCACCUUCCACGUCGUUCCGAAUGAACGAUUCGUCUAUGAUUCAGAAUAAAUCCGAUCCGGAGGUAUCAAGUUCAGCCUUGAACCUGAACAUAAAUCCUCCGGAUUCGGAGGAGUCAUUUUUUGUUUUAACUCAAAGUCCUACCAGAGAUCCAUUGUCGCCAAAGGCGACUUCCAGUGGAAAAACGAUUAUCCAAUGUACACCACCGAAGAAAAGUUGGUUCAAAGCGGCACUCUUCCAAGAGCAAGAGCAGCAAAAAACUCCGGAUGUAGAGAAAAAAAGGAAAAAGAAUAACCUCUCGUUGAGCAGAUAUCCCGGCACCUCUCACAUGUCCCCGGAAUCGCAUAAACAAUUUGAGCAACUUCCAAUCCGACAAAAGAUGACUACACCCAAGCCUACUGCUUCCCGUGUUGGUGAUCAGCAGGAAAAUCUGGCACCUGUGGGGAAAUGGACCUCAAAGAAAACAAAUAAUGCCGGAGGACUGGGUAGGACGGAUUCAACCUUACGGUGGACCCCAACAAACGUUAAGCAUGAGAGUACUUUGCUGAAUAAAACAAGGUUAAGGCAAACCAAACUACGAUUCCCGGAUGAUACGAGCAAACGAGCGACUGACGACGAUGAGACAUUUUGCAGUGAUUUUGUUGUCCCAAGUCCCACGUCAUUCAGUGGUUCUCGUUUCCUCAAAAGCGUGAAAAAGAAGGAACAAUCCUCACUGGUUGCUGAUAAUACACAUUCAGAGCGUGUCGAAACUGAACUUACAAAACCUGAUGAGGAUGAUUUUGACAUCGAUCAAACUUAUUUCUCUGAGGCGGAAAAAGUCAUGAAUCCAUCCAGACCAAAAACGGAACCUCUCAGCCAGAGCAAAUCAAAAACUUUCGUCAAAGAGUCGGUUCUAGAGAAAGAAACUCAGCAGCCGGAUUUGGAUACCAGCAGCGUAUUGUUGGUGAAACGUCCAUCACAGGAGGAAAUCAUAAGUAUCGAAGAAACACAACCGGACAACAAUGAUCUAUUUAUGGCAGCGAUUAAAGAGGAACACCGUAAGGAACAACAGGCACGCCAGUCGGUGUUGAAUAUAAUGGGACCACCACGAGCCCCAAUGAAGCUAGAGUUUCCUUUCAAGCGGGACAAAUCGCCAGCAAGGAAGCCAACCGAAAGACGCUGUACGGAAUGUACCAAACACUAUCAGUUUUUGCUCAACCGUGGAAUGGCGCCGGACGCGAUUCAAUACAAACUACCACGAAACUGUCGAGAGUGUCGUAUCGCACAGCUGCAUGAGACCCCGCCGGGCUUCUGGAAUCCGGGUUUCUCGCCAACGCAACGAGACUGACAUCACAAUGUUGUGCCAUAUCCACAGACCAUAAUAUAGUUUAUAAGGCGGGCGCUUUUGUUGUGUUUGGUCGUCCCAUAAAACAUUUUUUUGUUAAGUUUGAACGCUUGUAGAAUACUGUAAGACUUUGGAAUUGAAGAAAUAAAAAAAUAGAUUUUUCUUUUCACCUUGA